CAAAAACCCAGUCAGUUGAGAUAAUCCCACAUUUUAGAGAAGGGCGUGUUUUCGAAGAAGUGAAUCUUUUUUUUUUUUGUUCUUUCGAUUUUGUUGUCUUAUAUUUCCAGGUUACUUAGAGCUCUUUCUUUUAUUCUCGAAUUCUAUGAAUUUAUGCUUCUUCUAUGGCAAAGGGUUCGCCAUGCUUCCCAAACCAGAUCAGAAAUGAUCUACGAUUGGGAGUACACAAUCCUAUUUGCAAAUCAUUGGAUGGGUAGCAAAUUGGGUGACUAGUCUAUAUGCUGUUUGAUGAUAUGUGUAUUUGUUAAAAUGGCUCUGUAUAGUAGUGGGAUGUUGUUUUGAGCAAACCGAGUUUGCUUGUGUUGUCAAGUUUAUUUGCUACGUUGAUGGUGGGUUCCAAUAGCCUUUAUUUUUUCAGUCUUCUGCUUACUUGAUAAAGGUUCCUUUGCUCAUUGGCUAUCUUCUUACUGUUACAGGUCAUAUAGGGUUUUCAAGAGAGAGUCAGCUUGCUAGUAAAUUGUUGGAUUUCUUAUUGUUAUUCAUAAGAUGGAUGAGAAGAUCGAUAAUGGAGGCGCAGCUGCUAGCAAACUAGAGUCUUCUUCUGUCGUACCAUCAGACAAAGGAAGCAAAAACAAGAGAAAACUAGAUGAUAAUCCUUCUCUAGAGAAUCCAGAUAGUGCUCCCUUGUCGAUGAGCGAAUUCUCUCCCAAGAUAUUCCAAAGCCCAACAGUUGGACCAUUAGAGGUGGGAUCCUCUCUUAGAGAAGAUUCUCAACCUACGGAUUGGGACGAUCCAAUCGCAUGUCAACUCGCAGAAUUAUUGUCAUCCAAUAUGCUCACAAUUUUCCAAAAUGCAAUUAAAAGGAUUGUAGAGUGUGGAUACGAGGAAGCUGUUGCUAAAAAGGUCAUUUCGGGGCGUGGCCUCUAUCAAGGGGGUAAAAAUCUUGUGUCAAAUGUUGCAAAUGAUGCCUUGGCUUCAUUGAAGAAAGGUAAAGGAGAGGAUAUUUCAAAUUAUGUGUUUGAGGAUUUUCAAAAGCUAGUGGAGUACACGAUGCUGGAGAUGAUUAGCGUGCUUAGAGAGGUUAAACCGUCUCUAUCAAUUGCAGAAGCAAUGUGGUGGCUGUUAAUGUUUGACCUAAACAUUUCGAUGGCUUGUGAAGUAGGAGAUAUAUUCUGUAAUGUUGGGUGCAAAGAAAUCUUGGGGGAGAGCUCCUCUGACUCUAUCGCCCAGUUGAGACCAGAAUCACAAAACCCAGAAACCAUUCUUCCAUGCCCAAAUGGUCACCAUGUUUUAAAACCUUCAUUGCACUGUUGCAAGCAUUACCUGCCUGAAACACUGAAAUUUGGAAGUUUGGCCAAUUUAACUAACUGCAAAGGUGCAGCAGUUGCUUAUGAAGCACUAACACCAGAGAAAGACAGUUUGGCCUAUGUGGGCGCUUCUAGGGACCCGGUUACAUCCAUCCCUGGAAGAAAACCAGGGUCUUGUCGAAAGGGGUGCUCCAAAAAGGAGCUAGCUGCACUCCGGAAAAAGUCCUUCAAUAUAGAAAAAUGCAAGGUGGCUUGUGGGAAAUGUGCUUUUAGAUCUGGUAAAAUGGCUACCAUUGGUGGUUUAGUUGUCGAAAGGAGAAUAAAGUCUCCAUCUGAAUUAUCAGUUAUGCAUAUGAAAAAUGCUUCAUUGAGAAGAAUCAACGAACCUGGAGAUUUAGUUCAUCAAUGCCAUCAUGUUUUAACUAAUUCUUCACAUGGGUUAUGUGUGCCAGAUAACUCUUCAGUGUUACUUGUGAAUGGUACUAAAUCAGCACUUCCUACCGCAGAUACUGGACUUGCAUCAUCAUCCUCUUCAGAAAAUAAACCUGUGCACAAAUCUGAAGACAGAACCUCAAAAUCUUCUACGACACCUGACAAUGGUGCAGAAAGAAAGCCUACUCCUAAAGCCAAAGCAAUAACUUCUACAUCCUCUAAGUCAACUGAUUACUUUGCCGGAAUUCCAUAUGACAAGUCUCUGGGGAAAUACAUCCCUCAAGAUGAGAAGGACCAACUGGUAUUGAAGCUAGUUCCAAGGUUAGAGGAACUGCAGAAUGAGCUACAUAGUUGGAGUCAAUGGGCCAGUCAGAAGGUCAAGCAGGCUGUUUGUAGGCUUAACAAGGACCAAGAUGAAAUUAAAUCACUGAGGCAAGAGAUGGAAGAGGCAGAACAGCUAAAAAGGAAGAAAAAAAUCAUGGAGGAGAACACCAUGAAGAGGUUGUUUGAGAUGGAGUCUGCCUUGGAUAAUGCAACUAAUCAGGUUGAGGAUGCUCACUCUAAACUUCAGAAGCUUGAGGUGGAGCAUUCCGUGCUGAAAAUGGAGAUGGAGGUUGCUAAGUUGCAUUCUGCAACAACAGCUUCAAGCUGCCUAGAAGCAUUGGAAAGAGAACAGAAAGUAAUUAAGGAGGUUCGAUCAUGGGAUACACAAAGGGGCUUGCUUCAGGAGGAGCUUGCAUCAGAGAAGAAGAAGAUAGCUGAGCUGCAAAGGAAAUUAGGCAAGGCUAAAAGAAUCUACAAUCAAACUAUGAUGCUAUGGAAACAAGAGAGGAUGGCAAUGGAGAAAUUUCUUGCUCAGGCUGCCUCCAUAAGGAAGGAAAGCGAAUGUCUUGAAGCUGCGGAAAAAAUAGAGGAGGAUAAGAUUAAAAUGAAAGCAGAAAACGAUAUGCAGAAAUAUGGAGAGGAGAUCAAAAGGCUUGAGAACAAGUUAUCCGAGUUGAAGAUGAAUCUGGAUUCUUCAAAAAUAUCUGCACUUUGGAGAGGCACUGAUGGUGGAAAUGGUCAGUGCUCUUCUGUCAAAGAGGGGCAUCUUCCGAUUUUCUCCAAAAGGGUGAUUAACAUCAACGAUUAUCCUAGGAGCAGAGGCUUGAAACGGGAGCGUGAGUGUGUCAUGUGCUUAACAGAAGAAAAGAUAGUGGUAUUCCUUCCAUGUUCGCAUCAGGUCUUUUGUGUCAAGUGCAGCGAACUCCACCACAAACAAAGGAUGAAGGAUUGCCCUGCUUGUAGGGCACCGAUUAUUUGCCGUAUACGUGCACGUUUUGCUGAGUCGUUGGCCAUAGCUCACUGAACAAUUUCAGUAGACUAUGUCCAGUAGUAGGAGCAGUGUCUUAACGAUGGAUGGUUGAGAAGGUUCUCUAUGGACGUCUACUCAAACUAAGUGUUUUUUUUGUCUGUUUUGUCUUUUGUAUUUAUCUGGUUGUUUGUCUCUAUGAAAAAAACAGGUAAACAGAGUCAAAAACUUAUAGCUCAUAAACAUCUUGUACAGUUG